ACCAAGAGGGUUUAACUUUGCUUAUUCAUGACCUUGAUGAAUUACAAGGCGAGAGGAUGAGUUUGCUACCUGUUGGUGAUACCGACCAGCAACCGGAAAUUAAAUUUGUUGUCGAGGAAGUUGCAACUUUAUCAACUAACGAUGGAAGAAUUCUUCUCAAAGUUCAAGAAAAUUUUGAACAGUUGAAUAAUUGUCAAGGACAAACUAUUGUUAUCAAAAAUCCUUCGCUAGUGAAAAAGUCAGAUUCGUUAUUAGAUAUCGGAUUUUCUUAUCGUGGUGAGAACGGAGAACUUAAUUUCGAGCGUGGUUAUGAAGGUAUAAUUUUUGAAGAAACAACAGAAGAGAAAGGAGUUGGUGGAGUAGAAAAAGCGUUUUUGGUAAUAGGUGUAGUUGCU